GAUUUCUCGCCAUUGAACACUUUGAACAGCCCCCUUCGAUCGUCUAUCUUCAACUUCUAACUUGUAUCGUAUUCAAUCUUAUUUCAUCUACUACUUUUUGCAUCACAUUCACCAAAGCACAAUGGCGACCAUUGACGAGCUGUUUCCACGCAUUGGCUCGGUGGUGCUGCCGGGCGACGCGCUGGGCGAUCUCGAAGCGGGCGACUCGGCCGACCCUGCCGACGGUCCAGGCUCAACCACCUCAAACUCAAGCUUGCACGCGUUUACGCAGCACGGCGGGCGACUGCGGCUGGGGCCUGGCCUGGCGCAGGAAGGCGGCCGCGUCAUUGCAGCGAGCCGCGCAGGCGUCCUCCAAGGCAGCAUGGGCGCCGCGAGCACGGGCACUGGCGCCAACGCACACUCGAGCCAGGUCGCGCGCCUGUACAUUGCGUCCUCCCAGAAGCGGUAUGUGCCGGCCAAGGACGAGCUCGUCGUCGGGAUUAUCACAGACCGCAUGGGCGAGGCAUUCAAGGUCGACAUUGGCGCGGCUGCAUCUGCGUCGCUCUCGUUCCUGGCGUUCGAAGGCGCAACAAAGCGCAACAGACCCAACUUGGCGAUUGGCGCGCUCGUCUAUGGCAAGCUCGCCGUGGCGAAUAAGGACAUGGAGCCCGAAAUGGUCUGCAUCGACGCGGCAGACAAGGCCGCGGGCAUGGGCGAGCUCACCGGCGGGUAUCUAAUUCACAUUUCAUCAGGCUUGACCCGGAGAUUGCUCUCUCGUGAUCCGGCCGUGCUUAUUGCGCUCGGCAAGCACUUUGCGCUGGAAACGGCGAUUGGGCUCAACGGCCGCACCUGGAUUAACGCACAAACCCCGCAGCAGGUUGUGCUGAUUGCAAACGCCAUCCAAAACUCAGAGUUCAUGACAGUAGCCCAGAUUAACGCGAUGGUGCAGCGAUUAGUGCAAGCGCUUUGAAACGUUAUCAAUAGACAUUUUUUUUCACGCCGGCGUCAUUUCCUGUCGUCGUA